AUGUCUUCUUCAUACGUCAAUCUUGAAAAUGAAGAGCUUUUUUGGCAUAGCUUUGAAUCACUCCAUCCGGAUGUUUUUUCAACGCUAUCAUCCCAGUUACUGCUGACUCCUGAAAGCAUAUCAACAGAAGAACCAAUCAUCGUGCAGAGUCAUAAUUCCGCAAGUGACAUAAAUACACACCAGUCUGUUGAGAAGACCGAGAUGUUGAACAAAAAAACAUCUAAUUCAAAACGCAGAGCAAGAACAGCGUUCACCAACAAUCAACUUCUUCAUAUGGAGCAAAUAUAUGCGCAGAAUAAGUACUUGUGUCUUGAAGAAAGGAAUAAUGUUGCCGAAUCACUAGGUCUUACUGAAAAACAGAUCAAAGUGUGGUUUCAAAACCGUCGUACGAAGGAUAAAAAAAUUGGAUCCAAAAAAAGAGUCCAGGACAGCGAUCACGUGUUGGGAAGCUACUUAGGAGUAUGUGACAAAACGAAUAUGGUGGUCAACCAUGUUCAAGACUCAACGUACCCGACGUACAACGUUCAAUACAACUCGGUUCCUGCUCCAAUUGAAUGUCCAGUAAAAAACCACGUGCGUCCCACGAACUCCAAUAACUGUUCAUCAGAAAGCGGUAACUACCCUCAAUUUCAAGAUUGGAACACCUACAAUCAGUACCAGACCAACGUAAUUCAAUAUCAGAACUACGGUAGCAAUAUCUAUUAUAAUAGUAACGAAAAAAAUGUUUUAUCAACUUUUUGUGAACUUUUGAAAAACAGCACUAGGAAAGCAUUUGACACUUCGUUGACGUUUCAGGAAUGA